AUGUCCAUUCAAACAAGUGAUGCGAAUGCCCAAGAUUUAUCAAAGGCGCUUUCUUUGAUCGCCGCCCACUCUCAUAUCACGGGCCUUGGUUUGGAUGAGUCUCUGCAGCCAAAAGAGACAUCUCAGGGGAUGGUGGGUCAGCUGCAAGCACGUCGUGCCGCCGGUGUCAUAUUGAGAAUGGUCGAAAAUGGUACCAUCGCAGGAAGAGCGGUUUUGAUCGCAGGACCUCCUUCUACAGGUAAAACGGCGCUCGCGAUGGGUCUGUCGCAAUCUUUGGGCAAGGACGUUCCCUUCACAGCAAUGGCCGGGUCAGAGAUCUUUUCGCUAGAACUGAGCAAGACGGAGGCGCUGACGCAGGCAUUUAGGAAAUCGAUCGGCGUCAAGAUCAAGGAGGAAACCGAGCUGAUCGAGGGUGAAGUGGUUGAAAUUCAGAUAGACAAGUCCAUCACGGGUGGCCACAAACAGGGUAAGCUCACGAUCAAGACCACGGACAUGGAGACCAUAUACGAAUUGGGUGGGAAAAUGAUCGAUGGACUCACCAAGGAGAAAGUUUUGGCCGGUGAUGUUAUAUCGAUCGAUAAAGCGAGCGGUAAGAUUACGAAGUUGGGAAGAUCGUUUGCGCGGUCUAGAGACUAUGAUGCCAUGGGAGCAGACACAAGAUUUGUUCAAUGUCCCGAGGGAGAACUUCAAAAACGUAAAGCCGUGGUUCACACCGUUUCGCUGCACGAGAUCGAUGUCAUCAACUCCAGGACGCAAGGGUUCUUGGCACUCUUUACUGGAGACACGGGCGAGAUCAGAGCGGAAGUUCGGGAUCAAAUCAACACAAAAGUGGCAGAAUGGAAGGAAGAGGGCAAAGCGGACAUCGUUCCCGGUGUACUUUUCAUUGACGAAGUGCACAUGUUAGACAUUGAAUGUUUUUCGUUCAUUAAUCGUGCGCUAGAAGAUGAGUUUGCACCAAUUGUUGUUAUGGCCACCAACAGAGGCAUUUCUAGGACCAGAGGGACUAAUUACAGCUCGCCUCAUGGGUUACCAUUGGACCUGCUGGAUAGAUCCGUCAUAAUAGCGACGCAGAACUACAACGAGCAAGAAAUUAAGACCAUUUUAUCCAUAAGAGCCCAAGAAGAAGAAGUUGAGGUUGCACCUGAAGCUUUGGACUUGCUCACGAAAAUUGGCAGUGAAACGAGUUUGCGGUAUGCUAGCAACCUGAUAUCCGUGUCACAGCAAAUUUCGAUGAAGAGAAAGAAUGGUGGGACCGUUGAAGUCGCAGACGUGAAGAGGGCAUACUUGUUGUUUUUGGAUAGCUCUCGGUCGGUGCAAUUUUUGCAAGAAAAUCAGUCCCAAUAUAUUGACGACAACGGCAAAGUCGAGAUCACCAACAAUAAACAACCCGAAAAAUCUGCGAACGACGCGAUGGACGUUUCUGCUUGA